AUGGAUCUCAAAAAAGACCCAAAAAAGUUACCACUGCUGAAACUUCCAUUUCUGGCACAACGACUUGUAUUGUUUCAGACUGAACCAAUUGAGAUCGUGGAGAUGAGUUUCUUAUCAAAGCGAUUGAAAAGGACAAUACAAAGUUCAAAACCUCGAUUGGAGUUUAUCAAUUACUACUUCACCAUUCCUGAAAAAAUGGAUAUCAGCGUUCAGAGUUCUUUGAGCACUCAAAAUCAAGUUCUGUUCAAUUUCAAAAAAGAACUGGAAAACGGUCAAAAGAGGAUGAUGAAUGGAAAAGAGACAAUUCUGACUAGAAAUCGUCAGUCUUUCACUUUGAAAUGCGAACAAAAGGUACAGAAAAGUGCUGAAAAGUGCGAAUUCUUGAUUCAAUACCUGAAAGAUUUGUUCACAGUCAACAACACAUGCUUGCAAUGUUAUUUGAUUUUUCCAAAAUUUUCAUUCUAUGAACGAAUCAAGCCUAACCAAGUGGAACUCAAAAAAGUUCAUUUGAGUGUUGAAGAUGGAAGAAAGUUGUUAGGAGAUCAUACAUUGAAACGGUUGAAGUUUGAUGAAUCGAAAGUUCUAACCGAUGGAAAGCAACAUUUCCAGUUGAAUGUUCGAUCACUAUUCAUUCUUCAAAAAAAUGAGUGGCUUGCCUUUUCAUCAUUCCUAACAAUGAAAUGUGAAGUUAUUUGUUUGACUCUCAACACGGCGCCUAUCGACCCGACCGAUUUGUCCUCUCUUGUCCUAGCUUGGUACAAUGGAAAACUGGAAAAUCUCAAGAUAUUCGAGAUGACUCUAGACUGCGAAGCCAUGGAAGAAUCGUUCAGAAACCAAGUGUUUGCCAUUCUAGAUGGAGCAAAUGUUGUCCUAGAAAAGGCUAGUAUUUCAUCGUCUAACAGUAAUAACAACGAGUUUAUGAAAUUGGUACCAAGAGGAGAAGCAAGAAACCGAUCGAUAGUUCGAAUGAAUCUGUUUGGAAUCGACGUAGAGUGUUGCAUGGCAACUAGGAAUCACCCAUUCUUCAUACUAUGCAAUCAACAAGACGGAGAGCGAAUGUUACAGACCAUCCACAACUAUUUCAGAGGGUUUUUCGGAUCAUCUAUUGAGUAUCACUUAGAAAGUCUUUGUUUGGACUAUUUACCUAGACUGGAGAACAUCAAGUAUAGUUAUAUUUGUUUCCGGAAUGAAGGAGUAGGUACACAAUUGUGGGAUGGGUACUUAACUGUCUCACCCUCCCAGGAAUAUAUUCGAUUGAAUGGAAGCGGAAUUUUUGAAAACGAACAAAGUCUGAAACUGGCUCAGACCACAGUGCUUGAUAUAUGGAUUACGGAAAGUAGAGCUGGAGAUAUUUUGAGAAAUUUCAAGGGAAGACAACUGUUUAUAACUGAUGGAAUAGUCACAGAUGAUGAUAUCAUUCAGUUUCUGAACAGUUGGAAAUCAAGUCAAACACAUCAAAAAUUGGAGUUCUUGAGUAUAUAUCGCGGGGAAGUAAAUGAUCUAAAUCCAGAAAACAUAAUGAGAAAUAUUGACAUCAAACAAUUUGAUGCAAAUCAGGAGAUUCCGAAAUAUCGUUAUGACAGAAGAAAAGGAUGGGGUAAAUGCGACUGGAAAAUAGAAGAAUUCAGUAGUCCAAACUUCAUAAUUCGUGAUGCUGAUCAACACGUGGCAUCACUGAGAAUCACUACUAGAGGAAUCCAAUUAGCUUCCUGGAGAAUGACAGAAGAAGAGGUUAUGAGAGGAAGAAUUCAGAAGAAUUUCCAGAAAACUCCACUCCAAAAGGCAGAUCCUCCCAGAGACUCCAUAGAAGUUUCAAAAUUUUCAUGGUUGAUUCAACGAGAGAUCUUGUCAAGCAUGGAAUUGGUGGAUCUGUUGAUGAUGGCUUCUUGUUCUCAGAAAUUCUAUCAAAAUAUAAAAUCAUUGAUGAGGAACCGUUUCGACAAGAUAAUUUCAAUCACUUAUGAGUGGAGACCGCCGUCGUAUAUCAAUAUUUCAUCAUCUAGUAGUGGAGACAGUCCAUUUAUGAGUAUCAAUAUGAGACAUGAACUCAGAGGUCGUCCUCUUAUCCCAAUGAAUCUACUCGGAAUGGAUUUAGAAGUGAGUAUGCAAACCAGAAAACACCUCCUGAUGGUACUAUACGAAUUGGAACAGGAACAAACACUACUUCCAUAUAUCCAUGAUUAUUUCCUUGACUUCUUUGGUUCAUCCAUCAAAUAUCAGUUAAAUGUUAACAACCUGACGCCACCAUUUUCAAAACUAAAGAAUAUUACUAGUACAGAUGUGGCGAGUGACCUAGGAGUUGCUGAUUUCCACGAUUUUCUGAAGAUCUCUCCUAAUCAGGAUUUUAUCAGACUUUCUGAGUUAGAAAGCGCGUUGCUUGGAAGAAAUUUGGAAUUUGCUAGGACGAAAGUUUUAGAAAUUGAAACAAUGUCUUCCUUGGCAGAUGACAUUUUAUCCAAUUUCGAAGGUAGACAGUUGUUUAUUGACGAAGGAGUUAUAAGCGAUACUGCGAUCAUUCAGUUUCUGAAUAAUUGGAUAUCAGAUGAAGGAUAUUACAAUAUAGAGUAUUUGAGCAUAUCUGUCACGGUAUUUAGACAUCCUCUCAAUCCGAAUCAAAUAAUGAAUAGAAUCCCAAUCAAUCGAUUGGACUCAUCUGAUAAACUGCCAGUUUAUCAAUUUGCUAGGAAAGGCCACUAUCGGAAAUGUACUUGGGGAGUUCACAAAUUCAGCAGUCCAGAUUACAUUGUUCGAGAUCCGGAUCAACACGUGGCAUCCAUAAGAAUUGCAGAGAACAAUAUAACUUUUGCCGCGUGGAAUAUGACUGAAAAAGAGUUUUUGGAGAAACGCCCCGUCAAGAGAUUCUAUUGA